AUGGCUUCAAUUCGUAAGAAGCUGGUAAUAGUUGGUGAUGGUGCUUGUGGUAAAACUUGCUUACUCAUCGUGUUUAGCAAAGAUCAAUUCCCAGAAGUUUACGUCCCAACUGUUUUUGAAAACUAUGUGGCUGAUAUUGAAGUAGACUCUAAACAGGUUGAGCUUGCUUUGUGGGAUACAGCUGGUCAAGAAGAUUACGACAGACUUCGUCCACUUUCCUACCCCGAUACUGAUGUUAUUCUUAUGUGUUUCUCAAUCGACAGUCCAGAUUCACUUGAGAACAUUCCCGAAAAAUGGACCCCUGAAGUAAGGCAUUUUUGCCCAAGUGUUCCAAUCAUUUUGGUUGGAAACAAAAAAGAUCUUCGUAACGACAGUUCAACAAUAAAAGAACUUGCUAAAAUGAAACAAUCUGCCGUUAGUAACGAAGAUGGAAUGGCGAUGGCAGAGAAGAUUGGCGCUUACGGAUAUAUGGAAUGUUCAGCGCGCACCAAAGAAGGUGUUCGGGAAGUGUUUGAGCUUGCAACUAAAGCAGCUUUACAAACCAAGAAAAGAAAGAAAAAGAGUGGAUGUGAAGUCUUGUAAAGAAAUUUUAACUGGAGUCUAGCAAUUGACUUAACAUUGGACGCAUGCUUUCAUACUCCCCAACAAAUUAAUAUUUACAAUGUUGGAAACGUAUUCUGCAUGACUUGAACUCAAUUACUCAAACAGAUGGCAGGAUUUCUACACA